AUGGCCGAGGGAAUCUUGGUUCUUCGGGUGAUCAAGACCAUUGUAGGGCUACUAGGCAUUCUGGGCAAUGCUCUCGUCUGUCUGGUCAUCUACAAAGUGACAUCAAUGCAUACCACUACUAACUACUUCAUCUUCAACCAGGCUACUAUAGACUUCCUCGGCUCUGUGAUGCUCCUCUUAAGCAGCAACAUACCAGUACCGGUGUUUCUCGCUGAUAACCUCGGUGGCAACUUACUCUGUCGCCUCUGGAUUUCAGAUUUUUUCUUGUGGUCGUUUUUCACCUCUUCAACACUGAACCUGGUGUCCGUUACUUUCGAGAGAUACGUCGCCAUCGUGUUCCCGUUCCAGCACGGGGUAAUCUACGGGACUGUCCCGGUCCGUAUUCUGAUCGCAGGGGUCUGGAUCAUCGGUAUGGCAAGUAGCUUCUACGAUAUCGCUUUCUACGCUGUAAUCUACGGGUCAUGCCAUUCCGUAAGCGUCCCGGGCUCGCAGGCUAUCGGCGUCAUGAUCUUCCUCCUGCAGUACUUUCUCCCGGUGUGCGCUAUGCUCUUCGCUUACGUCCACAUCAUGGUAGUGCUGAAGCGGAAAGCGGUGAGUGUGGGCCCGCAACCGGUUACGGUCAGCAGUGUUUCGCACCCGGUAGACACCAUGGAGAGAUCGCUUCUACGGGCCCGUCGCAACACCCUCAAGACCCUGGUGAUCGUCUUCGCCACGUACGUCGGAUGCUGGUCCAUGAAUGCCGUUGUGUUCUUCAUGUUUAACUUCGGCUACCCGCUGGAUUUCAACGGUGCUGUAUACAUCGUUUCGGUGGCACUGGUUGCGUCUAACUCGUGUCUGAAUCCGUUCAUCUAUGCCGUUAAAUACAGACAGUUCCGCCGCGGAUUCAGAAUAGUUUUUGGUCUGCCGGUUACCAAUGAAGACUUUGGAAAUUCAUCAACUGCUAAUUAG